AUGGCUCCCAAGAAAAAGGAAACCCAGAAGUUGACUCUGACUGAGUUUAUGAAUGAUACCUCCCUCGGCGGUGCCGGUGGAUCAUGGGCCGACGAAGUCGAGGACACAUUGGGCACCCAACCCCUGCCCCCCUCCGACCGCCGCACGAUGACCUCGUAUGGUGGUGGUAAUGAUCGGGGCUACCACUCCAUCCGCGAUAACCUACCCCAGGAACUACCCACCAAGCCGCCCUAUACUGCGCAUCUCGGCAAUCUGUCCUACGACGCAACCGUCGAGACGGUCACUGAGUUCUUCGAAGACUGCAAUAUUGUGAAUGUGCGGAUUAUCGAGGACCGUGAGCAGAACAGGCCCAAGGGCUUUGCCUACGCCGAAUUUGGCGACCUCGAGGGCCUCAAGACCGCCCUUACCCGUGAUGGGCAGACAUUCGAGGGACGCGCCAUCCGUGUCAAGGUUGCUGAUCCACCGAGGGGUGGCGGCUUCGGUUCAUCGGAGGGCAUGCGAGACCUCGACUGGGGCGCAAAGAGGGGCCCCCUAGCUGAUAUUCCUGGCCGCGGCGGUGAUCGUCGCGGUGGUGGUGGCGACUUCGGGGAACGCCGCCGGGAAUACCAGCCCAACGACGAUGGCAAGGUCCGCGACUUCAAUUCCUGGGAGCGGCGCGGCCCCCUAUCACCCCUAACCCAACCCGAGCGCCCCGAAUCUCGCGAGGGGUCUCGCUCGCGUACCAUGGAAACCCGGUCCGAGUCAUUCCGCGGCGGAAACCGGAGAGCCUCGCCCGCUGCUUGGGGUCCUGGUGAGGGUCAGGAGGGUUCCCGCCCGCCUCGCCGGGAAUUUUCCGAGCGACCCGAGCGCCCUGAGCGCGCCCCCACGGCUGCCGAGAAGGAUUUCAACUGGAGAAACAACAUGCGGCCUGACUCCUCUGUCAAGUCGCCCGGUGAAUCUCGUGAGGGCAGUGAGGCGCCUCCUUCGCCGGCGCCGUCGGUAGCCCUCCCCGCAGGACGCCCCAAGUUGAAUCUCGCAAAGCGGACGGUUUCGGAGGCGACCGAUGCGGCAGCUACCUCCAACGCUAGCGACUCGAAGGCUAGCCCCUUCGGCGCGGCUCGCCCUAUCGACACCGCCGCACGGACGCGCGAGAUCGAAGAGAAACGCCAGAAGCUUGCUAAAGAAGCCGAGGAGAAGGCAAAGGAGGAGAAGCUUGCUAAGGAGGCUGCUGCGAAGGAAGCCGCCGAGAAGGCCGCAGAGGAGAAGGCUGCAGCUGAAGAGGCGGCGGCUAAGGCCAAGGAGGAAAAGGAGGCGUCUGCGGCGGAGGCAAAGACCGCCCCCGAGGAGGGUGCUGGAAACGAAGCCUCAACCGAGCAGAAAAUCCCGGUUCGGACCCGUGAGGCACGGGAACCGCCCAAGUCACGGGCUGUCGAGAGCGGUAACUGGAGAACAGCGCCAGGCGAGCAGCGUGCCCCGUCUCGUGGCAGCCAUGUCCCCAGCGGUCCCCGCCGGGGCGGUCCCGCUCGUGGUCCUCGGGAUACCGCACGCCCGCCCCGCACCAACGGUAACGGCUCCACCCCGCAGCAGCCGCUGUCCCCCACCAGUGAGCAAGCACCGCCAACCCCGACUGUUGAUGAAGACGGCUGGACCACGGUCGCCGCCCCAGUCAAAGGCCGCCGUGGGCAGAGCGGCCGCCCGGUAGCAUCCUGA